UUCGUUUGUUUCAAGGCUAUUUCCAAAUCAUAAACCAAAUAGCCGUGUGCAAGAAGCACUUCAUAAACAAAAAGAUAUGCACGUUUCAACGGAGACCGUACUUUAUGUCACUUUUUGACAUUUCGUGUGGCAAUGUAAACAAAAACACGUGUGGAGUAAAGUGGUAAAGGAGUGCGUUUCUCUGUUUAACUAUUAAAGUUAAAACAAAUCUUAAAAUUUAGAAAUAACAUAAACAGAAGUUUAUGUAGUUGUAGUGCAUUUUAAAUGGCUGAACUUGUGGAAGUACUUUUCACCAGUGACUCGAACGAAUCACAAGCGUCUAUUACAGCAUGGGACUACAAAACGGGGACUAACUUGAUGGUGUACAAAGCAGGUGGUGUGAUACAACCACGCGCUAUAUCCGUACUUGAUUUCCAUUAUAUCUUAGCAGCUAAUAGUACUAAACCUCUUCUCCAUGUUUGGCCAAUUAACUCACAACAACAAGUUACUUCUGUUCGCUUUGUGCUACCUGGUCGCGCUAAUUCGAUGGCGCUUUCACCAGAUAUGCUUUAUCUUGUUGCUGCGAUACAAGAGAACAUUUAUAUUUGGCAUUUACCAUCUGGUAAAAUGCUAAACACAAUUUCAAAGCAUUUCCAGCCCAUUAACUGCAUUCGUUUCGAUGAAGAUUCACAUUUUGCUUCAGCUGGUCAAGAUGGUAGUGUAAUGUUAUGGAAUUUGACAACUGUGUGUGCACGGGACGACGACAAUCAAACACCAGUGUACACCUUCACCGAUCACGGUCUGCCAGUAACAGAUGUACAUAUAGGAUUUGGUGGUAUUCGUGCGCAUAUGAUAACCGUGUCACUGGAUCGCACCUGUAAAAUUUAUGAUUUGUUAAUUGGGGCUUUGCUUUUGAAUGUCGUAUUUGCUGAAUCAUUACACAGCGUUACUACAAAUACUUUAGAAACAGCUGUAUACGUUGGCACAGGCGACGGUAAUAUUUACCGAUUUAAUACUGAUGCUGCUGCGGGAAACAAAGAAUUACAUGUAGAAAAAGAGCACUCUAAUAUUUUUAAAGGACAUAAAGAAGGCACCGCAGUUACUUGUUUGGCUUUAUCAUUUGAUGGCCAAACCCUGGUAUCUGGUGGUCAAGACGAACAAGUAUGUAUUUGGGACGUUACCAGUAGACAGCUGAUAAAGCGUAUGCAGCAUAAAGGACCUGUAACAAAUGUAAAACUACGUCUUUCCAACCCAGAUAUAUUUAAACCAGAAAAUAAACCACCCAAAAAAUUCAGUAGCAAUCUGCGACGCAUGCUGGACCCACCUGAGGUUGAUGAACAAGAACGCAUAGAAGUUUUAAUCACUGAAGCAAAUGCUGAUACCAAUUAUGAAUAUUGGAAUACAUCAGAAUAUCCUUUCGAUCAAGAUGAGCCGUCCACCUCCAAAGCAUCAACCAAUAACACCCCUACUGCUACGGCGACAGAUGAGGAAGCGGCAAAAGAGAUUGAGCGAUUAAGGGCCGAAGUACAACAUUUAAAACUUGUUAAUAAACAAUUAUUCGAAGUCUCCGCGAAACAAUUAUUGGAAACAAAAAAAUAACUUUAGUUUGUACUACUCUUAUAAUUGUUGUCAAAACGAAUAAAUUUAAGAUAAAUUAAACAAAAGCAAGCAAAUGUAAAAGACAA